AUGGCCGAGAAAGGUCUGGACUCCAGCUGCGUCUCCAUCGCCUUGGAGGACCCCGUGUGCAACUCUGGGUCCCAGGAUGCGCCCCUCCUGACCACUCACCUGAAGAAGGUGGAGAACCACAUCACGGAUGCGCAGCGAUUCUCGCAUUUGCCCAAGCGCUCGGCCGUCGACAUCGAGUUUGUUGACCUCUCCUACUCUGUCCGCGAGGGGUCCUGGUGGAAGAAGAGAGGAUACAAGACUCUGCUGAAAUGUCUCUCUGGAAAGUUUUGCCGCCGUGAACUUAUUGGGAUCAUGGGCCCUUCUGGGGCGGGGAAAUCGACCCUCAUGAACAUCCUGGCUGGUUACCGGGAGACAGGCAUGAAGGGCCAGAUUCUGGUCAACGGGAGGCAGAGGGAGUUGCGCACUUUCCGAAAGAUGUCUUGCUAUAUCAUGCAGGACGACAUGCUGAUGCCCCACCUCACCGUGCGCGAGGCUAUGAUGGUAUCAGCAAAUUUGAAACUCAAUGAGAAACAGGAAGUGAAGAAGGAGCUGGUGAAUGAGAUCUUGACAGCACUGAGCCUUCUAGAAUGUUCCUACACCCGCACCAUGUCCCUGUCUGGGGGACAGCGCAAGCGCCUCGCCAUCGCUCUGGAGCUAGUCAACAAUCCCCCGGUCAUGUUCUUUGACGAACCCACCAGCGGACUGGACAGCUCCUCCUGCUUCCAGGUGGUCUCGCUGUUGAAAUCCCUGGCCCAAGGAGGCCGCACCAUCAUCUGCACCAUCCACCAGCCCAGUGCUAAACUCUUUGAGAAGUUUGAUAAGCUUUACAUCUUGAGCCAGGGGCAGUGUAUCUUCAAGGGAGCUGUGCCCCACCUCAUCCCCUACCUAAAAGGGCUGGGCUUGCAUUGCCCCACCUACCAUAACCCGGCUGAUUUCAUUAUUGAAGUGGCCUCAGGAGAGUAUGGGGACCUCAACUCGAUGCUUUUCCAAGCCGUCCAGAACGGGCUGUGCACCAUGGCAGAGAAAAAGGACAGCCCAAACAAAGUGGAUUCCUCCUGCCCUGGACGCUGCAUGGCGGAUUUGGAUCACAUUGAGAGCCACACUUUCGCCACCAGCACCAUGACCCAGUUCUGCAUCCUCUUCAAGAGAACGUUCCUGUCCAUUUUGCGAGACACGGUGCUUACCCACCUGCGGUUCAUGUCGCACAUCUGCAUUGGCGUGCUGAUCGGCCUGCUGUACCUGCACAUUGGCAACGAUGCGGCCAAGGUCUUCAACAACACCGGCUUCCUUUUCUUCUCGAUGCUCUUCGUCAUGUUUGCUGCAUUGAUGCCCACCGUCCUUACUUUCCCCCUAGAGAUGUCUGUGUUUCUGAGAGAGCACCUGAAUUACUGGUACAGCUUGAAGGCCUAUUUCCUAGCCAAGACUAUGGCGGAUGUACCUUUCCAGGUGAUCUGCCCAAUCGUCUAUUGCUGUAUUGUGUACUGGAUGACAGGCCAGCCCCCCGAAGUCACGCGCUUUCUGCUCUUUUCUGCACUGGCCACCUCCACCGCCUUGGUGGCCCAGUCCCUGGGGCUUGUGAUCGGAGCAGCUUCCACCUCCUUACAGGUGGCCACUUUUGUGGGUCCUGUCACAGCCAUUCCGGUCCUCUUGUUCUCUGGCUUUUUUGUCAGCUUCAAGACAAUCCCCACCUACCUACAAUGGAGUUCGUAUGUCUCUUAUGUCAGGUACGGCUUUGAGGGCGUUAUCCUCACCAUCUACGCCUUGGAACGUGGAGAACUAGAAUGCAAAAUAGAUGACUGUCCCUUCAAGGAUCCCACCAAGAUUCUGGAAGUCAUGGAUGUGGGGGAAGCCAAACUCUACGUAGACUUCAUCGUCUUGGGGGUUUUCUUUGUCAUCUUGAGGCUUCUGGCCUACCUCAUCCUGAAGUACAAGGUGAAGUCCGAAAGAUAA